CCCUCCUCCUGUCCUGCACCCGCAUCAGUCACCAUGAUGGUCCCACCCAAGCUUCAGCUUCCCCUCCUCCUCUCCCUCCUGGCCUCCGUCGCCGUCGUCCACGUCGCCGGCGACGCCGGCCACGACGGCCUCACGCACAUCCACCUCUACGUGCACGAGACGUACACGGGCGCGAACGCGACGGCCGCCGCGGUGCUGCAGUCCCCGCUCGGCGCCAACUCCUCGUUCGGGAGCAUCGGCGUGGUGGACGACGAGAUCCGCGUCGGCCCGGACCGCUCCUCCCAGCUCGUCGGCCGGUACCAGGCCGUCUUCUUCGGCACGAGCCUGCAGCUCGGCGCGGGUUACCUGUCGUCCGUCACGCUCGUGUUCACCGCCGGCGAGCACGCUGGGAGCACGCUGUCCGUGCAGGGCCCCAUACUCGGGUUCACCGGCACCAUCGAGCGCGCCGUCGUCGGCGGCACCGGCAAGUUCAGGCUCGCCCGCGGGUACAUGCUCUUCAAGAUGAUCAGCAAGCCCACGCCGGAGACCGACGUCAACGAGGUCGAUCUCUUCGUGCUCAUGCACCAUGGCAAGUACUAGAUCGAUGGAUAGCGCACACCGUGAGUGGCUAGCGAGAGUGCGCGCGUUGGCACCCUCUCGACGUCGUCUACCUCCAUCGUUUUCGUGAUUUGUUCUUGUCAAAUUAUCCAGAAAAAAAGAGGUCACAUUUUAUCUGUAAUGCUGGUUUCUUCGUCUUCUUUGGUAAAAAAAAAUAAAAUCUCUCGCCUCACGAACUCACGGUUCUCAUUCA